AUGUUUCAAUUCUGGGUUUCGCAUCGAGGUUCCAUUACUCCGCUUUUGGUGUGCACUCGCCAGGCUGCACGAUCGGCCGGUCGACAUUCUCCCUCUGUCAGUUCGCCAAUCGGUCAUACCAUCCGAAACGUGCAGACUUUGGCAAACGGUCGCUUACACANNACAUGCGCUGCUGCUGCUACUGCUGCACGAAUCGAUUGGGCAAACCAGCUUCUUUUGUCAAACCAGGCGUUUCACAAUGCACCCACUCACACCCACCCAUUUGGGCGAUUGGGCACGCGCAAAUGUGGAGGCAGUGGAGCAGCCAGCCACGAUUAG